AGUCAAGAUGAAGUCCAAAACGUGGACCACACUGAAAUGAAUCUUCUUGAGACAGAUUUAACUGUGCAACCACUGGGUGAAAACCCGAAGAUGGAUGCUGGUUCAAUGCAAAAUCUUUCUGAGGGAAAUGUGACUGGCAAUGUAGAUGAAGUCCAAAGUGUAAACCAGAGUAAACUGGAUACAGUGUCAACAGAACAUCUUGUUGGAGGAAAUGUGACUGCCAAAAGAAAAAGGAAGAGGAAAAGUGUCAAGAAGGCAAGCAGUCAAGACGAAGUCCUAAGUGUGGACCAUACAACAAUGAAUCUUCUUGAGACAGAGUUAAUUGUGCAACCACUGGGUGAAAAUCCAAAGAUGGAUGCAGGUUCAAUGCAAAAUCUUUCUGAGGGAAAUGCGACUGGCAAUGUGGACGAAGGGCAAAGCAUAAACCAGAGUAAACUGGAUACAGGGUCAACAGAACAUCUUGUUGAAGGAAAUGUGACUGCCAAAAGAAAAAGGAAGAGGAAAAGUGUCAAGAAGGCAAAAAUCAAAGAUGAAAUCCAAAGUGUGGACCAGACUAAAAGGAAUGCAGGGUCAACAGAAGGAACUGUCAUAGUACCGGAUGUGGUUGAGGUUUCAUGUUACGAAGCUUCUUCUGGAUUAGUCGUGGAAAAAUUACCUUCUGAUAGGCAAAUAGAAUUUGAAGGGAAAUUCUUUCCUUGUGAAAGUGAACAUGGAAGUCAACCUAAUAAUCUGGCUGGACAAGAUGGAAAGUUUGAGAAUCAGUUAACUGAAGUCAACGAUCAAGUUAUUCUUGAUGACAAUGAUGAGAGAAAAGGUUUUACUGUGGGGAGGAGUGUGUUGUCUGCUCGUAAGAUCAGGGCGACCGAGCAACUUUCUUCAUGUGAUGUGAGGGAUGAAAAAUCCCUGUAUCCGGAAAUGGCACCGAUUACUUCAACUAGGAGAAAACUUCUCGUCCUUGAUUUAAAUGGUAUCCUUGCCGAUGUAGUAAGGCCACCACCCAGAAAUUGUACUAGUGAUAUAAAAAUAUCAAAACAUUCGGCAGUUUUCAGGAGACCCUUCUGUGAUGAUUUCCUGAGGUUCUGUUUUCAGAACUUUGAUGUGGGCAUAUGGUCGUCAAGAUACAAGAUAGUUAUUCGCAGAAUUGUCAACUUUUUACUGGGAGACCUAAAACACAAGUUGCUAUUUUGUUGGGACAUGUCGCAUUGUACUCGAACACGGUUCAAAACUCUUGAAAACUGUCAUAAGCCCAUGGUCUUCAAGGAGCUAAGAAAAAUUUGGGAAAGUGAUAAUCCUAAUUUGCCAUGGAAGAAGGGGGAUUAUAACGAAUCAAACACGUUAUUGUUGGAUGAUUCUCCUUACAAGGCCUUGCUCAAUCCAUCGCACACAGGAAUAUUUCCCAAUUCAUACUGCUACCUGAACAAAAAUGACAAUUCAUUAGGUCCUGGAGGUGAUCUUCGAGUUUAUUUGGAAGGGUUGGUAAAAUCUGACAGUGUGCAGAAAUACGUUGAGCAGCACCCAUUUGGUCAAAGACCUAUAAAUGAGAGCAAUUUGUCUUGGCAAUUCUAUUCAGGAGUACUUAGCUCGAUGUCCGUCAAAUUGAAAGAUAAACCUCCCAUACCUGAUGUAGUUUCAGUUAAAACUUAAGAGCUCCACUAUCCAAAGGGUUUUGCUGGCUUGGGAAAUAAUAUUUCCUUUCCGUGGUUUGCUUUCAAAUCUUUCUUGGGGAAUGUUGGAAUGGUGCUGUACACUACACAGUGGUAUAUUGAAUCUGAUGGUAACACCCAAGCAGCUCCAGUAAUAGCAAACAACCAACACCAGUGGAUCCUAAUAGUCAAUUCCAUUUGAUUAUUUUUUGCCUUGUGGCUUUAAACCUACAGGGUUUAGAAAAUUUUUGAGCAUUCUGUAGGGUGAAUUCCCUGUUUAACUUUUUCAAUGAACUUAAAUUCAUUAUCUGGGGGACUUUUUCUAUCGUUGAAAGGUGGAUUGCCACAGCAUCUUAUUGAGAUUCGAUCUGGAAUGCUGGUCCAGAAUGACAAGGAUAUCUUGUGCAAUUUGGAUUAUUUCAAUUUGUAUCCGGUUUACUUUCUCAAGGGUCUGGUAAGUUUGAUGGAAACAUUGUAAGGUUAUUGGCAGAUUAAAGGCCUGUUCCCAGCUGAUUUUAUAGUCUUGGCUGGAGACUAGAGAUCAUCCAUCAUUUUGCAGAUUGCACUUGAAUA